AUGUUCGGGACGCCGGCGAUCACGCCGGCAUUCGGCACGCCGUCGUCGGCGCCGGCGUUCGGAACGCCCUCAACGCCGGGAUUUGCAACGCCGGCGACGGCGCCGGCUUUCGGCACGGCAGGUUUUGGUACUCCAUCUUCGACGCCGGCCUUCGGUACGCCAUCGACGCCGUCGUUCGCCACCACUGGCGGCGCGUUUGGCUCCACUCUCUUCCCGUCUCCCUCUCCCUUCUCCCAGACGCCACAGCAGUCCCCGUUUACUCCGUUCCAGCAGCAGCAGCAGCAACAGCAGCAGCCGCAGCAGCAGGCGUUCGGUUUUCAGCAGACCUCCCCGUCGCCAUUUGCGAAUGUUACGCCGCAGCUUACCACGCAGAUGGCUCCCGUUGCCCCCCUCCCUCUCCCUCUCGCUGAUCGGGACGUCCAGGUUCAAGCCAAUUGCAAAACCCUAUCUUCUCCUUCUCCAAUUUAAUCAGAAGGUGGUAAAUAGGCAAUUUUCUUUACCUUGAAUUUCUUUUGCUAGGCUAUCGUGGACGCCUAUAGAGAGGACCCGGCGAACCCCAAAUACUCUUUCAGGGUUGGUUUCUCUUAUCCCCCUUUUCCUUCAUAGGUUUCUAGUUAAAGGCUCUUCGUGAGUUCUUAGUUUCCGCUUUACGUUUCUGUAGCAUUUACUCUUCAGCGUUACCGAUCCUGCCGCAAGAGUGAAGCCUGUGGCCGUAUCUGAUGUAAGUUUUUUUUCAGUUGCUAUAUCGCAAACAAUUCAUGUUUCAAUUCUCGUUUUUUUUUUUAAUUUAAUUAUAAUGCUUGCUACGGGUUUGCAGAUCAUGUGGGCAGAAGCAAUGGGGAAGUUGGAGGGAAUGGAGAGUGCUGAUAGAGAGAGGUUAUGGCCUCAGCUUGUUCAGGGUUUCAAGGAGCUCUCAGACCGACUUAAGGUAUCUAAGCUGGGUUUUGUGUCUCUCAACGUUGUUCUGGUCAGUUGUGGUUGUACAGCUUUGCCUGUGUGAACCCUUCACUACUUUAUUUUUCUUUUUCAUCUCGCUGACACAGUUUUUUGGCCCAUAUUAUCCCCCUUCCAAGGUUUCAUCCCACUGAAGUGACUUGCUACAGUAUUUCACCCCAAGACCUGCUUUUUAAUGCUAUAGAUCCUAUCAGUUAGCGAUAAGAUUUCCAUGUGAAGCUUCAUCUGCGAGAAAAUUCGCCGGUCAUAAGAAAGCGUUCAGAAGUUUUAAGUGACUGAAUACCUAGGAAAAUAAUGUCAGAUGUCAUUAUUGAUAUCAUGACUAGCAAUAUCGACCUUCUUUCUGGCAGGUUCUGAUUUCUUGGGAUCAGCACAGUCUGUCAUUACUUGGUUUUAGCCGUUUUUAAGUUUUUAGAGAGAGGCCGGCACUCAGUGUAAAUUAAGGAAUGAGAAAUGUAUGCCUCUAUGAUGCUAGUUUCUCAAAUAUCUUUUCUGAACUUCGUCAGAAAGCUAACGGACCAUUCAUUUAGAGGCAUACAUUUCUGUCAUCUUCGGUCAAUCGAAGGUGGGAUACAUAGCAAUCGUUUUCCUAAGACUCUCAAUCCCCUUUCUGAACUAGGUAUGAAAUGUUUACACACCCAAAGUUAUCCCAUUUCCUAAGACUCGUUGGCGUUUAAUUUACAAGGUAUCAUGUCACAGAUGUUUCUCUGUUUCAUUUUACAAAGCAUCCAAAACUUGUUGUCCGUAUUAUCUGUCCUUCCUGAGUUUCUAGUGUUUUAUAACUGCUGCGAGGAAUCCCCAAGCAACUCUCAACCCCCAGUGAUCCCAUGUUGUAGCACAGGUUCCUUCCCGUGCAUAUUGUUUAAAGCCUAUUUCUAUUGGUUGGUCAUAAAUGGUGAAAAUCAUACGUGGAAUCCUUUAGCAUGGCCGACGUUUCGAGGAUGGAAAACCUGCGCUAGUGACAGGGUAUCUACGUUUAUCCAUAACGAGUGGCCUUCUUAAACUGGACGUUGACUUCACCUCCUCAUGUAAGUGGGGUUUUCUGAGAGUCAGAAUCCAUAACUUUUACGUAGCUUCAUAAUAGUUUUCUGGUGAAGCAAUCUCCUUGAAUGUUAGCAUGUGUUCCCUCCUUGAAUUUAAUCUCUGUUCCAUUCCCCACCUGCUUCCAGCUCCCUCCAAAACCACACAAAUCACCUUUAAUAUAUCUGCUCAUUGUAUGUGAGAUGUUGUGGAUCAUGGCUGGAUGGGGAUUCUAUACUUAGCUUAUUAUCACUGUGCUCUCAUCCUCCACUGUGUCCUUCUUUACAGACCUCUCCACACUUGUCAGUAUUCUGCUCAUUCCAUCCCUGCCAAGUGCAUCAGCAUAUGAUCAUAUUCAUUCAUUUUUCACGCUUAGCUGCAUUCUGUCUCAUUGACUUCCUUUUACAUGCAACUUCUGACAACCUCUCUACUUUCUGAGCAUAAUCUUAACAAGAGCAUACGCCAUACUGCAGAAUAAUGGGCACUGUGCGAUCCAGUCAUUUGUGUGAACUAGUCAUUCCUCUGUUGAAUUUUAGCUUAAUCUACUCUGAUGUGUGAGACCCUUUGAUAUAUAUCCAUGGCAUAUUUGUAGCUAUGUUAGAUUCCUUUUUUGGUAAGUAAUGCACGUACCCUUGUGUCCACCUUUCUGAAUUUUGAGUAAAUUCCAUUGAUGAAACCAAUAUACUAAUGUCACAUCAUACAUUUCAUCUUCUAAUGUGUUUCUGUCCUCUUGAUUUCCCCCCUUAAACGUGUUCCUGAACGGAAGACAGCCUCUUGGAUGUAGGAACCUUAGGAAAUUAAAUGAUUUUGAAAGGGAGAUGAAUGGAAAAUGGUUACUUGAACAAAAGCAUUCAUGGGACUCCCAUAUGGUUUCGAAUGAUUUCACUCUUAGAAACACGAUUUCAUGUUUCAAUCUCAUGUUUGAUAUCCGUGAUCUGGAUUGAAGCAAUCAACUUUUGCAGCUUCAAGAUGAAGUUCUGGUUUCUGACGCGGAGAGAUUGCAGAUGACCCAAGCCAAUGUGAAAAUGGUCUGCAUUCUCUACCUUUCUUUGCGGGAAAUAUCCUAUCACGAUCAUACCCAACUAUCACGAUCAUACCCAACGAUAGAUUGAUGCCUUUGUGCAGCUUCAGAGGCAUUUCCAGGUGGAUACUCUUCCAUGGAUCCAGAGGAUGAAGCUGAAAGAGCAAGAACUUCGACGGCGUCUACUAAGGGUGAGAGUCUGUUUUCUUGUCUCUUCAGAGUAGAUCUCUUUUCUUCGUGGUAAGUUCUUCCGAGGAUCUUUCUGCAUUGAUUUGCCUAUUCUUUGUGGAUGCCCUGUGAACAGGUAAUGAGAAUGGUAGAGGCACUGGAGAGCAAGGGAUUUCGCGUGCCAUUGAUGAGAGAUGAAGCUGAAUUAGCCGAGAAACUGGCUAGGAUUUCCAGACAGGUCUCUCUCUCUCUCUCUCUCUCUCUCUCUCUCUCUCUCUCUCUCUCUCUCUCUCUCUCUCUCUCUCUCUCUCUCUCUCUCUCUCUCUCUCUCUCUCUCUCCCCCUCUCUCUCUCUCUCUCUCUUCUCUCUCUCUCUCUCUACCACGCUCUCUCUCUCCCUCUCCCUCUCUCUCUCUCUCCCUCUCUCUCUGCCUCUCUCUCCCUCUCCCUCUCCCUCUCUCUCCCUCCCUCUCUCUCUCUCUCCCUCUCCCUCUCUCCCUCUCUCCCUCUCUCCCUCUCUCUGCCUCUCUCUCUCCCUCUCUCUGCCUCUCUCUCCCUCUCCUCUCUCCUCUCCUCUCCCUCUCUCCCUCUCUCUCUCCUCCCUCUCUCUCUCUCUACCCUCUCCUCUCUCCUUCCCCUCUCUUUCUCUCUCUACCUCUCUCCCCUCCCUCUCUCUCUUUCUCUCUCCUCUCCCUCCCUCCUCCCUCCUCUCUCUCUCUCCUCUCCUCUCUCCUCCCUCCUCUCUCUCUCUCUCUCUCUCUACCUCUCUCUCUCCCUCUCUCACCCUCUCCCUCCCUCUCUCUCUCUACAUCUCUCUCCCUCUCCCCUCUCCCUCUCCCUUCCCUCCUCCCUCCCUCCUCCCUCUCCUCGCCCUCUCCCUCCCCUCUACAUCUCUCUCCCUCUCCCCUCUCCCUCUCCUCUUUACUCUCCCUCUCUGCUCUCUGCCUCUCUCCUCUCCUCUCCUCCUCUUAAACCCUCCCUCUCCAUCUCUCUCUCCUCUCCCCCUCUCUCUCUCUACCUCUUCUCUUCCUCUCCUCCUCUCUUCUCUCUCUCUCUCUCUCCCUCUCCUCUCCUCUCUCUGCCUCUCUCCAUCUCCCCCCCCUCUCUCUCUCUCUCUCCCCCUCCCUCCCUCUCCCUCUCUCUCUCUCUCUCUCUCUCUCUCUUUCUUUGUCUUUCUCUCUCUCUCUCCUCAUACCCGACAGCUGACCAUCCUCGAGAUAUUAAUGGGAGUGGAAUUUCCAGCUCAAAAGGCCCGGAGCGGAGCUGCCUAGGAGAGUGCAAGGCCUCUUAUCCAUCUCGCGCACCCAUGCCAACGCCGGCAUCAUCGGUGGCUCCAUCUGCCUUCCCAACUCCAUGAAGAUCGAGGAACAGAGCCUCGCUGACCUGCAAGAGGUUGACCAUCCGGGCCCCCACUUCAACCCCCUCAAAUCCAUCUUCUAGAACAUUCUCCUCAUCCCUUCUAGAACAUUCUCUGCCCGUUUCACCAUCAGGUCCUGCAGAGGCAAACUGGGGCGAUUGCAAGGCUAGGCAACGUUCUGAAGCGGGACACCCGGGACGUGGAGAUCAUCAUGUCCGAGGAUUCAGCCAUGGCCGAAGACGGCAGUAAGUAA